AUGAACCGCGGAUGGACCGCGGAGCGCGCCCCGCCCUUCACGUCUCGCGCCCCGACUCUCCUCGCGCGGGCAUCCGCCGAUUGGGACGGCGAGACCCUCGGGGUCCUCCGCCGGCGCGCGAACGCGCUGGAGACGCGCGUCAAAGACGCGCUCGACGUCGUGGACGUCGAGCGCCUCGCCGCGACCGUCGCCGACUUGGACGCGGCCGCCUCCGAAGGCACCCUCUGGGACGACCCGAUCAAGGCCAAGGCGGUCAUGGCAGAGCUCGCGGACGCCAAGGAGCAGCUCGCCACGGCGCGGGGGUUCGAGAACCUCCUCGGAGACGCCGCCGUGGCGCUCGAGAUGAUCGACGCGGAGAGAGAGGACGACUCUCUCUCCGGCGCCGCGGCGAACGACGCGUCGGCCGGCCCCGACCCGACCAUCCUCGCCGAACUCUCGGACGCGUGCGACAACUUGGAGCGCCAGCUGGACAAGUGGGAGGUGCGGCGGCUGCUGGGGGGUAAGUACGACGCGAUGCCGGCGCUGGUGAACGUCUACGCGGGCGCGGGGGGCACCGACGCGCAGGACUGGGCCGAGAUGCUGGAGCGGAUGUACCGCGGCUGGUGUAACUCGAGAGGGUUCACGUGGCGCACGGUGGAGCGCAGCGAGGGGGAGGAGGCGGGGUUGAAGAGCGUGACGUUCGAGGUCCAAGGCAGGUUCGCGUACGGGUACCUGCGAUCGGAGCGGGGCACGCACAGGCUGGUGAGGCAGAGUCCGUUUAAGAAGGACGCGACGCGGCAGACGUCUUUCGCGGCUGUGGAGGUGACGCCCGUGUUGGACGAGGGUUCGGUGGAGGAGUUAACCCUACGGGAUUCGGACCUGGAGAUUAGCACCAUGCGGAGCGGGGGCGCGGGCGGGCAGAACGUGAACAAGGUGGAGACUGCGGUGCGGAUCAAGCACGUGCCGACGGGGAUCACGGUUCGAUGCGAGGAGGAGCGCAGCCAGGCGGCGAACAAGGCGAAGGGCCUCGCGAGGCUCAAGGCGAAGCUGGUGGCGGUGGCGGAGGAGCAGCGGGCGGCGGACGUGGCGGCGAUCAGGGGCGACGCGGUGCGGGCCGAGUGGGGUCAACAGAUUCGCAACUACGUCUUUCACCCCUACAAGAUGGUGAAGGAUGUGAGAACGGGAAAGGAGACGAGCGACGUCGACGGCGUGAUGAGCGGAGACCUGGACGAGUUCAUGGACGAGUUCCUGCGAUGGAAGCGCAAGACGGAGGCCGAGGAGGAAGCCGCGCUUGCCGCGAACACCUAA